CUGCAUCCCUCCCUCCUGCAUCCCUCCUCCUGCAUCCCUCCUCCUGCAUCCCUCCCUCCCUCCCGCAUCCCUCUCUCCACGCCUCCCUCCUUCCCUCCCUCUGCCUGCGCAGAGCCGCGGACAUGGCGCUCAGCAAUUUCCUCUUCGCUCAGUGCAUCUGCUAUUUCCUGGCCUUUCUCUUCAGCUUCAUCGUGGUGGUGCCACUCUCCGAGAAUGGCAACGACUUCCACGGCCGGUGCCUGCUCUUCACCGAGGGCAUGUGGCUCAACGCCAACCUGACGGUGGAGCGGCAGCGCUUCACGGUGCAGGAGUGGGGGCCCGAGGCUGCCUGCCGCUUUAGCAUCUUCACCGGGCUCCUGUCCCUGCUGCUGGCCACAGUGCAGGCCUGGAGGACCCUCUUCUUCCUCUGCAAAGGGCACGAGGACUCUUUCUUUUACGCCUUCCUGAAUCUGCUGAUCAGCGCCUUUGUGGUGUUCAUCACAUUUAUUGCCAGCACUAUAGUGAGUGUAGGAUUUAACAUGUGGUGUGAUGCAAUUACCGAAAAAGGAAGCAUGCCAAAUAGCUGUGAAGAAUUGCAGGAUAUAGAUCUUGAGCUGAACUUGGAAAACUCUGCUUUCUAUGACCAGUUUGCUAUUGCACAGUUUGGUCUUUGGGCUGCCUGGCUGACUUGGUUGGCAAUUACCAUUCUGGCUUUCCUGAAGGUUUAUCACAACUACAGACAGGAGGACCUGCUAGAUAGCCUGAUCCAUGAGAAGGAGCUGUUGCUAGGAAGAUCCCCUUCACGAUCCUCUUUGCAAGAUGACAAAAGUGGCAUGAUCUAAAAUGUAAGCAAAUUUCCAGGGCAGGAUCUAGAUUUUAUUAUUCAGUAGUGUGAGCUGAAGUUGAGUCAGGGUAUUGAGUGUGUGAGAUCUUUUAUUUUCCUGAAAUGAAAUGUGAGUCACUUCCCCAUGAGAAAUUGUUGGCAGAAAUACUGCUAUUAGGAUGAAGAGAAUGAAAUGCCCUAUGUGCCUAUGGCACAGCAAACUUUCUGUCCUGUGCAGGCAAAAUUUGUAACCUGCCCUCGUCAGCAGAGCUCCUACGUGCCAUCGCUGGCUUUUGGGACAGGGGCCAUUUUUGAGGACUGAGCUGGCAAGAGCAGGCUACAGCAUCCAGGCUAUUGCUUCAAACUAUUCUUCAACAAUAGUUGUAGCUGGAGCUGCAUUCAGUCCCUCCUCCCUCCCUCUCCUCCCUUUUGCCACUGAGCUGCCCCUGUUCUCUCUUUAUCCUGGGAAGUUGCAGCUCUGGUUUGGGGACAGGCUCUCUCUGUCUCUGCUUUCACUGUGUAUGGAGGCAAUGCUGACAAACUCCUGCUCCUGCUCUGAUUUUAUUUAAAACAUAGAGACCUGUGUACCACACUUGAUAUUUAAUAUUGGACAGUGCUAAUAAAUUCCAUGAAAGCAGUAUAUUAUUACAGCACCUGUCAAAUACUGUGUAUAAUGUGAAAGGAUGAUGGAGAACUUCUGUGGUUUUGUUUCUUCUUAGAUUUUGGCAUGACCAGCAUUUAUUAUGACUCCUGAAGUAAAGUGUAGCUAGAAAUUGCUGAAGCUUGCAUACUAAGAAAUUAAGCUGAAUAGAUAGUAUUAAUGCUUGUGCAUUUAUAAAUGUAACUUGGUCCUUAACACAGUAUACUAUUCUGUUUUGAAUAUUAGAAUUCAUUUGUGAUAUUUAUUUCAUAUAGGAUAUGCAAAAUUACUGUAAGCAUUUGCAUUGUAGGUUUCUAUAUAUAAACAUUGCAAGGAGCUCAGACCACUGAGUUAUUUUAUAGGUAUUUCAGUGCUGAAUGGGUCCAUUCUCCCCACUCAUGGACAGGAGUUCUAGGGCAGACGAAUUUUGCUGUGAAAACAAAGAAAAAUUGCUAUUUACACAAAGAUCACUGGUGACUUUGUUGUUGCUUUCAGUUUUGCUUGGCCAGUGCUUCAACAAAUCAGGUGGAUUGUUGAGAUCAGAGGUAGCUCUGAUAAUUAAGAGUUACUCAGAGGAGUGUGGGAUUUGCAUGGCAGAGAAGUAAAGUUGUGCUAGAAUUAAGCAUUUAUCCCCAGGUCCACAUUACACAGAAGACCCCAAAUCAGCAGAAAACUUAAGCAAACAACUAAGUUCAGACUGAAGAAGAUUUUUUUGGGAGUACAGUGACACUGUCUGUGGUACCUGUGUUUGAGUUGAGACUGAAUUUACUGCUACAGAAGUGUGAAUCACACACAAUAUACGACCUGGUAAAUCAGAAGGAGGGGAAAGAAGACAGCAGGCUCCUACCAACUCAGAGCUCAAGCCUGGAAUUAGCACAAGCAUGCAGAUUAACUGUUGCCCUCUAGGCUCUCUCUGAUGCUUAGUUAAGUACCAGCUUAAGCAUUUCAUUGAAGCAGAAUUUGAUGUCAUGACAAAUCCCUCAAUUAUUAAGCAUUUCAGGGCAUAAAAAUCUGACAUUGUAUUUAACUGCCAAAAUGUUCUCAUAGGUUUAGAGAAAAAACCCUCCAUGGGCCCUAAGCAGUGAACAGCCCUGUGAACAUUACUUAUAAGCCCAGCUGGCCACAGCUCUCUGUAGAGAGGUCUUGCUCUUCAGCAUGAUUUCUGCCCACAAGAGAAUGCAAUUCCUUUGAAAGCUUCACAGUAGUGGCUUUUUUUUGUAGUUAGGAGUUGACAUCAGAUGAGGAGUCCUGGAGAGGGAAUCAAAGAUCAAGUUAAUUAAUACCAAUUUAAAAUUUAGAUAGCACAGGACUGUCAGAGUGCCUUUUUUUUUAUUCAUUUAGUCUAAUGGUUUGGAUAUUAGGAAAAAUCUCUUCAAUGACAGGGUUGUCAAGCACUGUAACAGGCUGCCCAGGGAAGUGGUGGAGUCAUCAUCCCUGGGUGUGUUUAAGUGUAGAUGUGGCACUGAGGGACAUGGUUUAGUGGUGGCCUUUGCAGUGCCAGGUGAAUGGCUUGACUGGAUGAUCCUAGAGGUCUUUUUCAACCUAAAUGUCUCUGACUCCAGUAGGAGAUACUCUCUUGCAAGUACCUGAGUCCAUUGCCAGGGAAUGACCUUCUUCAUACCCUGUAGAAGAGCUUGGGUCUUGUAAGUUAGCCUGUUUCCUAUGUUUCCCCAGUUUCUCCAGUUGUAAAAGGCAGUCUCAAUUUCACUCAGCAGUGACUUCUCUUCCCACAAAUUACUUCAGUGCAUGCCUUUCUCCUUGUGUGGAACCAUGCUGCUGCUUUUUGUGUAUUUUAUGUAUAUGCCAAAUCAGGCUUAGGCUGAAGUCAUGUGUGGGCUGGGACCAGUGUUCUUGGUGUUUCCCGAGGGUUUGAAGAACCAAGAGGCAGAAGAUAACAAGUGCCUGCUUGUGUUUCUUCUCUGAGGUACCAGGGCCCAAGCCUUGUCUCUGGUUCUGAAAGAAAGGAUGCUGCUUAUGGGCAAGGCUGUCUGGGGCUCAUGCUGUCUUCUACCUCUCCUGCCUCAAGCUCUUUUUCCUCCCUUCCAUUUCCGUGAGAAGCAGCAAACACUGAUCCUGGAUUUGGAGUUGCCACGCAAAAUGAAAUGAGGCUGAAGCUCUUCUGUGAGUCCCAUGUGAUUCUUAGUCUGUUUUUCACAGCUUCCCUGCCUUGACUGGGUUGGGUGAGGCUGGCACCCCCUUGCAAGCAUCAGUGAUGCUUAAAAGCAAAGUUGUUUUUGAUGGAAGGCCCUGUGUGAGUCAGAAGGCAGAGCAUGUCAUGAGAAGCUCUCUGGCUGACCCAAGGGGAGCAAGGUUAUCCUGCA